AUGGAAGUGGUUCCCCUACAGCCUGAAGUGAGCAGCUACCGGCGUGGGCGCAAGAAACGUGUGCCCUACACCAAGGUGCAGCUGAAGGAGCUAGAAAAGGAGUAUGCAGCCAGCAAGUUCAUCACCAAAGAGAAGCGCCGGCGCAUCUCAGCCACCACGAACCUCUCGGAGCGCCAGGUCACCAUCUGGUUCCAGAACCGGCGGGUGAAAGAGAAGAAGGUAGUCAGCAAAUCGAAAGCACCUCAUCUGCACUCCACCUGA